CAUCAUCAUCAUCACUAUUCAAAGCAUAUUCAUGAUGGUAAUAAUUGAUUCAUAUUAUUCUAUUAUAGUGUUUAUUACAAUUAUACUUGAUUACAUCAACUCCAUUUCAAUGGUACAAACAGUAUACAAUACAUAGUUGUAUAUAUAUAUUUAUAGCUACUUAUACUUUGACAUCAUUUCAUAUCUAUUGGAUGGUAUAUUUCAUUGAUUCAAAUAUAAUAAUCAAGAAUCCAGAAUUGAAUAAAUUACCAUUAUAUUAUUUGCAUUUUAUUAAUUCCAUGGGUGUAAUCGUGAUUAUUACUGAUGCAUUACUAUGGAAACCAAAACGAAUUCCCUUUUUAGUUUCAUACAUUCCUUGUUGUAUGUUUAUUAGUAUAUACAUUGCAUACUUAGAGAUAACAAAUUCAUUAAAUGAUUAUAUAGAAUUACCAAAUUCUGAUAUACUAUCAAUUCUAUAUCGUUUUCUAUACUAUUUAUUACUAUGGUUAAUAAUCACCAUAUUCAAUGUAUUCAGUUAUGGAUUAAUUCGUUUACUUCAUUUAAAGAAAAAAAACCAACAAAUGAACUAUUAACAACUUCAUCAUAGUUUACGAUG